GAUUUCUACAAGUUCCACAGAUGGGAACGGAUUCCUCAAAACGAAGGUCUGCCCAAACCCGUAGUUCUUACACCACACUUAAUGAAGCACAUGUAUGAAGAUCCCAAGUUUAUAAUCAUUCUGAGGAACCCCACAGAAAGACUAUACUCGGAUUACAUAUUCCUGAACCAUGGGGAUUCACCUCAGUCAUUUCAUAAGGAUGUGCUACAAGCUAUUCAGAUCGAGGAAGAUUGUAUGAGGAACAACUCCUUAUGGUGGUGUCUUUACAGCUUGGAUUUAUGUAAUCAGCUCCCGACACGCAUCUUCAUCGGAUAUUACUCAGUGUUCAUGAAGGAAUGGCUGAACGUUUUUAGUAGGAAACAUUUCCUUAUCCUAAGGACUGAAGACUACAACAGUGACAUGGAGGGUACACUGCGAGAAGUAUAUGAUUAUUUAAAAUUGGAUUACACUGAAGAUUUCCUGAAUAAGAUCGCCCGUAUACCGCACAUGCACGUCACUACGACGAAGAAGAAAGCUGGACCAAUGCUCAACAAAACUCGUAUAUUGUUGGACAAUUUGUAUCGACCGUACCUCAAUGAGUUAGCUGAUCUACUCCAAGACAAGAAGUUCCUGUGGUUGACAUGACUCACAGAUAGGUACAAUGUGUACAAUAUACAGAAGGCUGCUCAGAUAAAACGAUUUCAUUGACGAUUUCAUCAUUAAAAACGAGAACAUUCUGGCAAAAUAGGAACGUAUAUGUCGCAUGUUUAUUUGGGUAAUGCCAUUUAGAAAAAAUCGCCAACUCAGAAAAAGAACGACAGUUGUCGGGGGGUGUAAUACGUGUACAAUCAACACGCCGGCGACUUGGUCAGAUUGUUAGUUCCGGAAAAUUGAGGUGUUGAGAAUAUCAGAAAUAAGAUGAUUAAUAGACAAAGUCCCCAUGAAUGUAAUGGAAUCCUUAGACAAGAAUUACAAAGACUUAACUGGGUGAAAAAGCGCUGAAUUCCCUCUACAUUGAUAAAAUAUGCACAAAAAGAAAGCUGUUUUAACUGGUGUAGGGCUCACGAAAAUCAAAAUUGGGCUAAUGUUUUCUUUUCUGAUGGAAGUUCUAUUUGGCUUUUUCCGAACUGUGUGAAAAUGUGGACAAAAGAUACCAUGUAAUCUAUGUACCAACGCCCAAAACAUAACCCGAAAUUUCACAUGUGGGGUUGGAUAUCAUCACGUGGAAUGACGCCGUUGUGAAUUUUCACCUGAAAUUUGACGAAGGAACGAUAUGAUGACAUCUUAAAUGGCCACCUCCGUCCAACGGCCCGAAUACUGUAUGAAGAUAAUUGAAUUUUCCAGCAUGAUAACGGCCAAAACCACACUGAGGGCUACACAAGACAGUGGGUAUCGGGCGAAAAUGUCCAAAUUUUAGACUGGCCCAGCUACAGCCAAGAUCUUAACCUUAUUGAGAAUGUGAGUUAGUGUGUUUAGUUUUACGCCGCACU